UUCAUUGAAUACCUGACCUGCCUUACAUUGAUGAAAUUUCGGCCGUUUGAAGAUCCAGGAUACCUUCAAUCUCUCACGCGCAAAUCAAUCGCAUCCCAGCGGAAGGAGACAAAAUGCUUAGACAACGACGGCAAGUAGGCUUGGGCUCUACGACAACCGCGAGGAAGCGCAAGUUCCCAUCUACCUGGGAUGAGUAUGAGUCUGGUGGCGUGAAUGAGGGGGCGAUGAACCCCGAAACCUCACCGAAGAAGAAGGCCAAGGGCAAAGAGAAGACGGGGGAUGAGGAGAAGCGGCUGCGACGCUUUCGUGAAAAAGCCCCCGCCAGCUUUGAGGUCAUAUACCAACGAGCAACCGAGCAACGAUUCUACGUGCUAAAUCGGUCGCGUGGCGGCGAUCCAAACUGCCCAGAAGAAGAUGUCGAGAUCACCGGCUCGACAGGCAACAUCUACAACGUGCACGUUGCGCAGGUUCCCACAUGCUCCUGUCCGCACGCUCGCAAAGGCAACCAAUGCAAGCACAUCAUCUACGUCAUGUCCCGCGUUCUCCGCGCUCGCGCAGACCUGGUCUACCAGCUCGCGCUCCUAUCCUCCGAACUGCGCGAGAUAUUCCAGAAUGCGCCGCCAAUUGGAAUCGGCGAGGACAGCAGUGGCAGUAAAAUCCAGGACCCGAAUCGCAAGCAGAUAGAAGGCGACUGCCCCAUCUGCUUCACCCCCUUCGAGGGAGAGGAGGAUACCGUGUAUUGCCGCGCCACGUGCGGCCAGAACAUGCAUACAGAAUGCUUUCAGAUAUGGGCUGCGACGAAGCGCCAACACGCCCGCAACGCUAUCACAUGUCCGAUGUGUCGCUCUCUGUGGCAAGACGAUGAAGACAUGGUCACGAAGAUCAAGAACACCGGAAUGGCGGGUGCAGAUGGGUAUGUUAAUGUCGCGGAUCAGUUAGGUAUCAGUGGGGUAAGAGAUGUGAGCACUUAUUAUGACGGUCCGCGCCGUGGUGAAAGGGGCCGCGGUUAUUACGGCUCUUGGAGUAAUCGGUAUAGGUGAAGAAUCGAGAGGAUCUAUUGAUUUCUAUUUACAAGCCGGGAGCUUAUGUCUGAGUGAGGGGUGGAGGCCGCAUACAUACCCUGUUCUCGGGAAGUGAGAUUGCAAUUAUAGUCCUCCAUU